CUUAAAUAGCUUUUACUGAUCAUAUAACCUUCUAUUCCUAUUCACUGCCCUGACUUUGGCUUUCUCUUUAAAGUAUUUAAAGAGGGUGACCUCUCCCUCUCCCUCUCGUGAGCUUCUCUCCACUUACACAUUACACCCGAAUUAUACAACUCUGCUUUGGUUACUCAAAAAGCACACAUACACACUUCAACCGCUCAUCACCACUUCCUCCUCACCCAAUCUUACACCACUACACCACCACCACCACCAACAACAACCCUCCUUCACUCGCAAUGGAUAUCCUCCAGCGCGCCAAAAUCUCCAAACCCAAAGAUGAAGCAGGAUCCUCCUGGCCUGCCAUCGCAAUGGGGUUUUUCGUCGCCUUCGGUGGCGUCCUAUACGGAUACGACACCGGCACCAUCAGCGGCAUCAUGGCCAUGCCCUACUGGAAAAACCUCUUCAGCACAGGCUACCGCAACUCCAACGGUGAUCUCGACAUCACCACUUCCCAAGAAUCCUCCAUCGUCUCCAUCCUGUCCGCCGGCACCUUCUUCGGCGCCCUCGCCUCCCCCCUCCUCGCCGACUUCUUUGGCCGCCGUCCCGCCCUGAUGAUCUCCACCUGGGUCUUCAACCUGGGCGUUGUGUUGCAGACAGUUUCGACUGCUAUCCCCUUGUUUCUCGCGGGUCGGUUCUUUGCCGGCUUCGGUGUCGGGCUGAUUUCUGCUCUGAUCCCCCUCUACCAAUCAGAAACAGCUCCCAAAUGGAUUCGCGGCGCCAUCGUCGGCGCCUACCAACUCGCCAUCACCAUCGGCCUCCUCCUAGCCGCCGUCGUCAACAACGCCACCUCCAACCGCAACGACUCAGGCAGCUACCGCAUCCCCAUAGCCGUCCAGUUCGCCUGGUCCCUCGUCCUCUUCAUCGGCAUGAUUUUCCUGCCAGAAACCCCCCGCUACCUCAUCCGCUCCGGCAAGAUGGGCAAGGCCGCCGCCGCUCUCUCCCGCAUGCGGCGUCUCCACAAGGGACACCCCGCGAUUGCCUUAGAACUCGGCGAGAUCAAGGCCAACCUGGAAUACGAGAAUGGCGUCAGCAAGGCUACUUACUGGGACUGCUUCAAGCCCCCCAUUCUCAAGCGCCAGUUUACCGGCAUGGCCCUUCAGGCCCUCCAGCAGCUCACCGGCAUCAACUUCAUCUUCUACUAUGGCACACGAUACUUCCAGAACUCUGGCGUCUCCAGCGGCUUCACCAUCGCCAUGAUCACGUCCGCCAUUAAUGUCGCCUCUACCGUCCCCGGCCUCUUGGCCAUCGAUAAAUGGGGUCGUCGCCCUCUGCUGCUCACCGGCGCCAUCGGCAUGUGUGUCUCCCAGCUCAUUGUCGCCGUUUGCGGCACACUCUCCACAGGCCAACGCGACAACGGCGACAUCUUUGUCAAGAACCUUGCUGGACAACAGACUGCCGUGGCAUUUGUCUGCAUCUUCAUCUUCUUCUUCGCCAGCACUUGGGGCCCUCUCGCAUGGGUUGUCACCGGUGAGAUCUUCCCGCUCAACACGCGCGCCAAGUCUCUCAGCAUGACCACCGCAACCAACUGGCUCCUCAACUGGGCCAUCGCCUACUCCACCCCAUACCUGGUCAACUACGGUAAGGGCUACGCCAAUCUCCAGUCCAAAAUCUUCUUUGUCUGGUUUGGUGCUUGUUUCAUCUGCAUUGCCCACGUCUGGUUCUUCAUCUACGAGACCAAGGGUCUCAGUUUGGAGCAGGUGGAUCAGCUCUACACCGAGGUGUCUGUGGCUCGAAAGUCUACCAAAUGGAGCCCUACCGAGACUUGGGAAGAACACCGUCGGCACGAGCCUUCGGUGGUUGGUGAAGUUGGAGAGGUCACAGAGGAGCCGAAAGAGGAUGCGGGUACCGUGGUGCUGGACUCGACUCAUGUCGAGCAGCAGGGAAAUGAUUCGGCAUAGAGGAAGGGAAAGAAUUUGCUGCUGCUUAUUUUUUUUUUCUUUCAAUUUUGGUUAUGUAUUUUUAAAUAAACUGUUACAAGUCUAGUAUACCCUUUACGUAUAGUUUUCAUGGGCGUUUUGCAUUGAUCUAUGAUCAGGGGUGUUAGGAUUGUUGAAAGGGUACCCUCAAGCAUAUUUGCAUAGAGGAACUUAUACGUAUGUAAGGAUACUCGAAACUACAAGACUGGCUACCGAG